AUGGUCAAGGUCGAAAUCGUAGACGAGAAGGACGCCGCCGCCGCCCCCGGCUCCCCCUACUCCUCCGCCGCCUCCUCCCGCACCGCCUCCUCCCUCUCGCUCUCCUCCACCGCCUCCGACGUCCCCGACGACGAGUCCCUCCUCGACCGCCUCGCCGCCCUCGUCGACAUCGUCCCCCCGGCCACCCGCCACAGCAUCUCCUCCAAGCUCUCCGCCACCGGCUCCGCCUUCCGCACCGGCUCCAAGCUCGUCGGCAACGUCGUCUGGGUCGUCACCACCUCCCUCCUCCUCGUCGGCCUCCCGCUCGCCCUCAGCCUCGAGGACGAGGCGAUGCGCACCGCCCAGGAGAAGGAGAUGCUCGCGCAGCAGCAGGGCGCCCAGCAGAUGAUGCCCGCCGGUUCGCCGUACCCGCCCGCGCCGGGCCAGCAACCCGGCCAGAACCAACAAAAGGGCUUGGUGCCGCCCGGCUUCUGA